UUGGCCCAACCCAAAAGACCAUUAAACGACAUGCCCUCUUCCUUUCCAUAUAAGGCCUACUCGCCAUCAUGGUUGUUCUGUUUCUUUUCCUUAACUUUGCCGCGAAAAUAGGCGAUGGCAGAUUGGACCCAACUUCCCAAGGAGCUGCUAGACCUUAUUUCCAAACGUCUAGAUACCUCCUUCGACGUCGUCCGUUUCCGUUCCGUUUGCUCCACGUGGCGGUCCGCUGUUACUUCCCCCAAACGCCACCGCUUAGCUCCCCGUUUCCCGGUCAUCCCCGAUGACGGUGGCAUCGCGGACACCUCGUUAGGUUUUUCCCUCUCGAAACGCACCGUAUUCCUCCUCGGAUCAUCCAAAACCAAUACCCAAACAGACGUUUCGACUUCCUGGGUAAUAAAAAUCGAAGAUGUGCCAAACAACAGAAUUCAGCUUUUGAAUCCUCUCUCAAGGUCCCGUUUUGAUUCUCUCCCUAAUAAUUUUCCAAAAGCUUUGAACUUGUUGGAUUUUAGGGUUUUUGAAUUGGGUGAAGAAUAUGUGCUUCAUUAUUUAAAUCACCUUGGUUAUCUAGGUGAUGUGGGAAACUUGUACAUGGAAAAAGUUGUCUUGACUUGUUUAGAUAAUAAUGUUAAUGAUUUUGUUUUACUGACAAUUCAUGUUUCUGGGAAAUUAGCAAUGUUUAAGUCUAGUGAUAAAAAAUGGACUAUAAUUCAAGACAUGCCAUCUCCUUAUGAUGAUGUGAUAUUGCAUGGAGGGAACUUUUAUGCUGUUGAUAACACUGGAAGGACUGUGCUUGUGGGAUUGGAUUUUGAGGUUAGUGUGGUUGGGGUGCCUGUGUUUGGUGGUGACAAGAAGUUUUUGGUUGAGUCAAAGGGUGAGUUAUUGUUGGUUGAUAUGUAUUUGGGUAUUGAAGCUGAGGAGGGUUCUUAUUCAUGGGCGGGUUCCGGCUUUGUUGAGGAGUAUUUUGCGAAUCUUGCUUUCUAUAUGAAUGAAAGGACAGUUAGGUUUAAGGUUUUUAAGUUGGAUGAAGUUGGUAAGGAGUGGGUUGAGGUUAAGAAUUUGGAUGAUCGUGUGUUGUUUUUGGGUGAUGAUUGUACCUUUGCUGCCUCAGUAGAAGAUUUGUCUGUGUGUAGAGGAAACUGCAUAAUUUUUGUGGAUAAUUUCUUUUAUUCACUUGGGGCAGAAGAUGGACCAUCAGAGCGUUGUGAUGUAGGCGUAUUUGAUUUGGAAAAUGGUUCGAUAGGACCAUUACAGAAGUUUCCUCAAUUUUCCAAGCUGUUUUGGCCUCCACCUUCUUGGAUUUCCUCGACAACAUUGGAUGCACAAAUAAACACUGGAGAAUCGGCCUAGUACAUAUUGUACUUCUGCUUCAUGGUUGGGUUUUAUUUGCCUGAUUAGCUAGCUAUGAUUGCAUUUUGUAUAUGCAUUUGCAAUUUGAAGUCUUUGGCUGCUAUUUGACCACAUCUAGCCAACAAUCUCUCUUUAUUUGGAUUCUCUGCUGGAUGGGCAACAGAAGUGGCUACCAUGAUAAGAAAAGCUUUUGAUCUGUAGAGAGUUCAAUCAGGUAAUAGUUUCACUGUUCCCUCAUGAAGGCCCGACUAAGACAUUUAGGGUCAAUAAUUUCACUUGCCAAUGGUGAUUCUUUUUUUCUUUUAGUUUCUAGGUUCCUAGCACAGAUGCCUUGAGCUACUUGUAAUUCAGUAUGUCUUGAUUGUUAUUUUCUUCCCGGAUAACAUUUAGGCUCUAUCUUUUCCCCUGUGUCAUCUUUACAUACAAAUACUUUUGUGCA